AGUUCGCUGACCUUAUCUUUUAUGGUCUAGUUAAGGGCCAUGCGAUUUUUAACUACUAUCCGAUUAAAAUUAUCAGUUGUUUUGAAAAUAUUUUCGUAAUAAUAAUAAUAUGCUAUGAUUGUUAAGAAAUAAUUCAUGUUAACACUUCAAAUUUCAAAAAAAAAAAAAAAUUACAAUUAAAAAUUACCUUUCUAUGAAGUAAAAAUAAGUGCGAAUCUCUCAUAGAAAAUAUGUAUACUACACAAAAAUUAAAGUGUGUGUUGAUUUGUUUAAUUAAAACACUUUUAUCAAGGAAUUACUGUAAUAAUUUAUGAGUGAUGAUGUCUUUGCCAACAUAUGAUGACUCAAGCUCAGAUUCUGAUACUCAAGGGUCUCAAGAAACUUAUUUCUGCACUUAUUGUCAAGAUGAAAUAUUAAGAUUUUCUUGUAGGCCUGAGACUGGUUAUGAUUCAAUAACUAUUGUAGUUUGUUGUGCUACUUGCACUGAUUUCUAUCUUUGUUUGAUGUGUUUUUCAAGUGGAGCUGAAAUUGGACUUCACAAAAACUAUCAUGACUACAAGUUAAUUACAUUAUCUAAACCAAAUUUUUAUUCUGAAAAACUUUUAAAUGCUAUUGAAGAAUGGGUUUCUGAAGAUACCGAAAAAUUAUUAGGAUCUAACAAAAAAGUUGUCACUAGUUGGAAAGAUGUUGCUAAUGUUAUUGGGUCUAAAAACCCAGAAGAAGUGAAGAAGGAUUACAUGAGUUCGUUUAUUGAUGGACAACUAGGUCAAAAAGUCAUUAAUUUAGUUAAUCAACGGAUUGGUCAUCCUCAAGUUAUAACAUUAGAUCAGGCUUUAGCAAUGGGAUGUUUUCAAAAUUGCACUCCUUACUAUCCCACAAAAAAGAUAUUGAAAAUUCCAGCCAAUGAAGAUGAUUUAGAACAAUAUAAAAUAGAAGAUGAAAAAGAAGGAACAAAGCCACAUUGUAAUCAAAGUAUGAAACUUGUAAAUAGAUAUCAAUGGGAUAGUUACCAAGUUCAAUUGCUUUUACAAUGUACAGCUGAACAUGGAUAUGGCAACUGGGAAGAAAUUUCUAAACAUUUUAAUAGAAUAGUUCAUGAUGAAUAUAAUAGUGGGGAACGUACUUACAGGACAGCUAGAGAAAUUAAGGAAGAAUACUUAAAGAGAUUUAUCCAGACUCCUUUAUUGAUUGGAACUUGGUCACCAACUCCAAGUGAAAGACCAUCAAUACCUGAUCGUACAAAGCGUAUUGAGGCACCAAAAUCUGUUGAAGAUAUGACUAACAGUACAAAUAAUAUGAUUUUUGCCAAUGAAGAAACACCUUCAUUAUUUUGCCUUUCUUCGCCUAUAGAAGAAGAAAAAUCUCCAGAGAACCAAGAAAAAAUUGAAGAAGAAAAAUCUGAUGAACCUAAAAUGGAAGUGACUUGUUGCACUUAUUGUCAAGAAGAAUUUCCAGUUAUUGGUUAUAAACAAAGUGAAGAUAGAACUUCGAAUUAUAUUUUACUAUCUAUUUAUACUUGCUGUACAAACAUUGAAACAUGUAAAGAUUUUUUUAUAUGUAUUAUGUGUUUAGCAAGUGGCGCAGAGAUUGGACAGCACAAAAAAGAUCAUGGAUAUAGCUUAGUGUCCAAAGUUAAGAAUUAUUGUAAUGAUGAAUUUUUUCCUGAAUCUGAUUGGACAGUUAUAGAAGAGCUUGCUCUAUUAAGUGCUCUUGAAGAAUGGCAUUCAGAGUACACGGAUAAGUAUUUAUUUAAGACAAAACCAGAUAAAUUGAUGAUAGAUUGGACAUCAGUAUCUAAACAUAUUCAAUCAAAAAAUCCUCUUGAAGCUAAAGCUGAGUUUGAAAAUAUAAUAACAAAAGGACUGGCUUGCAAGUACCUUCAAACAUAUAACCGCAAUGAUUCAUUAGUAUCUUAUGAGCAAGCAAUACAAAUGGACUGUUUUAAAAAACCAAAAAGAAUUAUUACCAUAACUGAAGAUGGGGUAGCUAUGCAAGAAAAGUAUACUUGGACAAAAACCCAAUUAAUAAUGUUGUUAGAUUACACAGCUAUUUAUGGUUAUGGAAAUUGGGAAAAGAUUGCUGUGGAAUUUAACAAAAAUAUCAAUUAUGAACACUAUGGAAAAGUUAAAAAUUUUAUCAAGCGAACUCCUGAAGAAAUUAAAUCUGAGUAUGUUUCUAAAUUUAUUGAGAAUCCAAUAAGGCGAGGAACUUGGAAAUUAAGAAGUAAUGCACGUCCUGUCAUUGCAGAUAGAACACGAUUCUUCAAACCCCACAUUCAAAGAAUGUAUCCUAGUAUAGACUUGGAGCUUUUUGCAAAUUCUACUUAUAAUCACAUUACCGAUGAAUAUCAGCAUGUAUACUUGGACAUGGCUGAAACAAUUUUAGAUGACUUAUGUCCUCAACCAAUUAAAAAAACAAUAUUAAAGGAAGGUGAAGGAAAGAAAAAAGAAGUUGAAAGAAAGCGAGAUAAUAAUUUUGAUGAAGAUGUGGCAUUGGUAUGUUUACAAAGAUAUAACGAUGUACUGAAAACUAGGCAAAUAGCUAAAGGCCUGGUACAUAGUUAUAGAUUAAUGGAGCAGUUUUUAGUUUAUAAAGACCGACCAGUUAUGCCUAAAAUUAAACCAUUUGAAGAAAGAUUAUUUGCUGAACAUUUAACUAACUUAGCCUUACUGAUGAAUGUUAAAACUCAUACUUUGCUAAUGGUCCGAGAAAAAGAUGAAAAACUUUUGAUGGCUAGAUUUAAUGAAUUAAGGCUAUAUAGAGUAAUGGGAAUUACCAAGUUUUCUGAAGUUGACGUCUUUAACACAUUGCGUAAAUGUAAAGGAUACUUAAAGCAAUUCACGCCAUUGUACACCAGUGCAGGUUGUAUGCCAUCAAAUAAUUAUUUAACACCAGCUAAAUCAGAUGGUCAGGGCUUAAUGAAAUACCUUCAAUUUGUUCGAACAGACUAUGGUACCUCUCAAUUAAGAGGAAAAUAUCCUUUACGCUAUUUAGCCAAUGAUAUGUGUGAAGAAUUACUAACUAUCACCGAAAAAAUGUUAUGUUUAAAGUAUAAUUUGUAUCCUAAUGAUUACUUAAAAAGGAAACGAAAAAUUCUUAAUUAUGGUCUUGGAGAAGAUCGUUCUAAAGUUGAUCAUGUGAUUUACAAAUAUCUAGUUAAAAUUAAUAAAAUUGAUUUGAGACAAUCAGCUUCUAUGAUAGUAUAAUUAACAUUUCUGGACUAAUGGACAACUAAUUUAUUAAGGUAAAUUACAAAAUAAAUUGUAUUAAUUAUUAUUGUUAUUUUAUUAAUUUUUUUUACCUUAUUUGCAUAAUUUUUAAUUAAUGUACACUAGUGAAGUCAAUUAUUACGACAAUGUACAAGUAGUAUUUUAUACUUAAAAUUAGUGAUUAAAUGUAUUAAAAUUACAUUGUGAGUUUUUUUUUUAAUUCUUUCCAUAAAGAUUCAAAAUUAUUUCUGAUGUAGUUAAGAAGUCAUUUUUUUAAAUGUAUUUACAUUCAUUUACUUUCAAGUAUUUACAAAUUGGUCAAUCAUA